GCAAAGAUCAGCUGGCUGGAACGGGGUUAGCAUCAGUGGGGACGGAACAACCCGCCGCUCGUAAAGGCGCCGCGCCGCAUGCAGUCGAUCGACCGGACGAUCCCACCGAGACCGCGUCGAGGUAUCGGGCCAUGAAAAGGAAGCCCGACCAGGAGGCAUCGCGACGCGCCGCGACGGCGGUCCUCGCCGAGAUCAGCUUGCGCCCAUCAGCGGCGACCACCUGAGCCGCCCUCAGCAAUGGCGCCCCCCAUGGCCCGGACGUCGGCGCGCCUGUCGUGGGUGUUGCUGGCCUUGAGCGCGACCCUCCGCCUGGGCCCCAGCCUGGGCCUCGCCCUGGGAUCGACCCCCGCAGGCGCCCGCCAGGCCCCGCUCCCCGACGCCCCCGGCCCCAGCGGUCUGGACAGCGACCCGGACCUACCCCAAGACCUGCACGGACCCUACGCCGGCACGCGCUUCGGCCCCAUGGGUCCCAUCCUGCGACCCCUGCCCGACGACGCCUCCCCCCAGCAGCUGGACGCCUCCACCGUGACCCCCGUCGACGCCACCGUCAAGCCCGACCGGGAGUACGAGAUCCUCAGCGUCGAGUUCCACCGCGUCGAGACGCCCUUCGUCAUCGGCAUCUGGAUCUUCUUCGCCAGCCUCGCCAAGAUCGGUUUCCACAUGGCGCCAAAGCUGAGCAGGAUCUUCCCGGAGUCGUGCCUGCUGAUCGUCGUCGGGGUGGUCAUCGGGUUGCUGCUCUUCCAAGCAAGCAGUGUCCACGUCUCGCCCCUGACGCCGGACACCUUCUUCCUCUACAUGCUCCCGCCCAUCAUCCUCGACGCGGGUUACUUCAUGCCAAACCGACUAUUCUUCGACCACCUUGGAACCAUCCUGCUCUUCGCCGUCCUCGGGACGAUCUUCAACACCCUGUCGAUAGGUGCCUCUCUCUGGCUCCUGGGGAAAAGCGGACUCUUCGGCUGCGAGACUCCGCUGCUCGACAUGUUCCUUUUCUCGGCCUUGAUCAGCGCGGUCGACCCCGUAGCUGUUCUCGCGGUCUUCGAGGAGAUCCACGUUAACGAGAUCCUGUACAUCGUCGUUUUCGGGGAAAGCUUGCUCAACGACGCCGUCACCGUCGUCCUGUAUCAUAUGUUCGAGACGUACAGCGAAAUGGGUCCCUCGAGGAUCGAAUAUACGGAUAUACUUUCCGGCUUCGCGUCCUUUAUCGUUGUCGCGAUUGGCGGUACGAUCAUAGGAGUGAUCUGGGGAUUCGCGACCGGGUUCGUGACAAGAUUCACGCACCAGGUUCGCGUGAUCGAGCCCAUCUUCAUCUUCGUUAUGGCGUACCUGGCCUACCUCAAUGCCGAGAUCUUCCACAUGUCGGGCAUCCUCGCAAUCACCUUUUGCGGCAUUACCAUGAAAAACUACGUCGAGGCUAAUAUAUCGCACAAGUCGCACACUACUGUCAAGUACACCAUGAAGAUGCUCUCGAGCAGCUCCGAGACCAUCAUCUUCAUGUUCCUUGGCGUGGCCACGGUCAACAAUCGGCACGAUUGGAAUACUUGGUUCGUCCUGAUGACCAUAGUCUUCUGUUCCGUGUACAGAAUCGCUGGGGUGAUCGUGUUGUCGGCUCUUGCCAAUCAAUUCCGGUUGCACAAAUUGGACAAGGUGGAAAAGUUCGUCAUGUCUUACGGAGGUCUGCGAGGAGCAGUUGCGUUUGCGUUGGUCCUGUUGAUCGACCCGGCCCAUGUUCACUUGCAACCGAUGUUCGUCACCACCACCAUAGCUGUAAUUUACUUUACCGUCUUUAUCCAGGGAAUCACCAUCAAGCCUCUGGUAAAGAUCCUGAACGUGAAAAGAGCGGAGAAGCGAAAACCAACGAUGAACGAGAGAAUCCACGAAAGGAUAAUGGACCACAUCAUGGCCGGCCUGGAGGACGUUUUAGGGAAGCACGGAAAUUACCAUGUCAGGGACAAGUUCAAGAGGUUCGAUAACAAGUUCAUUCGGCCGUACCUGGUGAGGGAUCACCGAGGUGCCGAGCCGAAGAUCCUGGAGACUUACUCGAAACUCGCGAUGAAGGACGCCCUCGACUACAUCCGCAGGAACGCCUCCACCAUCGGCAACAUCAGCGGGACGGAGAGCAUGUCCGCGAUCUUCCGCAAUUACAGUAAUACCGGUCACUUCAACAGCAGUCCGAGUUGCAGUCAAUUAGAAACCGGGUGGAACAUAGACCUGCAGGAACUGGAGUACAACCCUUCGAAGAAGGACCUGACGGACGCCAAGAUCCAUCACCUCCUGGCCGAAGAGCUCUGCAAACCGUACAAACGCCACCGUCGUCUCAGCUACAGUCGGCACGCGGUCAACGACCGUGACCUCUCAACUCAAGUUAAUUACAAGAUGCACAUGAAUAUCAGACGCAUGAUGGGCGAGCACAAGCAUCGACAUAAGCGCAGCAAGAAGCUCAACAAGGACGGCAAGCAAAACCACGUAAGUUUCCCGGAGUUCCAGCAAAACGGCUCGACGAAGCUCUUCUCGCAAGACUACAUCAACGGGGUCCUCUACGAGAACGAAAGCGGGGAAGCAGCCGACACCAAGCCUUCCACGAAGGACGACUGGGAAUCAGCGAUUACCUUCACGGCCCGUGCUUCCGAUCUGGAGAACGCCCUGGAGGACACACGCCGAUCCGGGAACGGUGGGAUCCUCUCACCAGGACAUCGCGAGUCGGAAGGCGAAUGCUUCCGGGUAACAACUCCAACGGCGUCGGAGACGAUGCUGCCCUGGAAGAGAGAGGACGAUAGCGAAACAGGUCGACCUAUUAAGCAGAAUGAGUUCCCGGCCUGGUGCUCGAACAAGGAGUACCUUGCCUACAGCUCGCCCUCCGCGACCUUCCUGGGUGGGAUCGAGCAGCCAAAGAUACAGUCGGUGAUCGGGCUCUUCCGUAGGGACAGCAUGAGCUCGCCCCCGGCGACGAUCGAGUCGCAGGAGGCCGAAGAGAGCGACGAUAGUGCCACGGCGAAGCUCGAAAAAAGUUCCUCGUACACGCCGUCGACGAGCGUGGGUGCCCAGAGCCGGACGACGAGGAGAGGAUCCAUGAUGGAGUUGGGAUCCACGGAGAGGAUGCCAAAGGAGAGAGCCACCAAUGGUUCGCACUCCCUCCCGGAGUGCUGGAACCCCCAGAGGCUGCGAUUAGCGACGUCCUUCCCCUGCGCCGGCAAGCAGCCCAGCUUGUCGGCCGCGCUGAUCACCUCCUCCUCGGAGUCCUCGGAAGACUACGAAGAGGACUGACGAAGGUUGAUCGAGGAGACGGAUUCCUGCGACUAGGUCCUCCCUCGCCGGCCCUGCUGCUCCUCCGUCGACCGACAGAAGCUAUUUUUUCACCGAUUCUGCCCCGGCUCCUAGGUCGGGGUCCUGAGUGUGCGUGAGAGAGAGAGAGACGCUGUAAGACAGAAAAUAGAGAAAAAUGGACAGAGAGAUACGGACGUGGAAUGACUGCGCGUGGACGAGUGAACGAGAGGUGGAGCGACCCCAUCGACCACUCCGAGUAGAUUGCGGUUACUCGCAGGGAUCGGGGUCGCUCUCGUGAAAAUGUAAUCGAGCCUCCGGCGUAAGAACUACUUAACGAUUGUUUUAGUACCCGGGAUAGACUCCAUUCAUCCACCCUUAGAUAGAGAUCCGAUGAACGUCUACUAAAAGUAAAGCGUACCGAACGCGGUUCAACCUGUACCCAACCUCGGGUUCCUGGAUGCUGCCCAGUAGACGCCUCGAUCUCUUCGUGACGAGAUCCCCCGAACUUUUAAAUUUUCCCAGGAACCAUUUCCAACAACCAGGAUCUUGAUUACGUCCUCGGAUGAAUUCCCUCCGGCUCUACGUUGCGCCUCAAAAAUUAGAAGUCCUUGGUCCGUCAGCUCUCUGCCUAGAAGUUAGCCAAGUUCAAGCCACAAUCUUUAAUAACUUUCUUAUCUAAAGUACUAGCUACGUUUCCUCGCCGGCGACCCGUCAAUCGGCUUAAGUAGUUCUUGCUCCUCCAGUAGCUCAAGUACAGUACUAAGAGUACAACGCGCGGGAGAUGAUUCUACAGUACCCCGUUUGCUGUUACUCACGUCCGAGCGGCUGCAACGUCAUGUAAGAUUGCUGAAUUAACCAGCAAUAUUCCAGCGAUGCAGGUGCCGCAUGGAGCGUAGGGAUAGCGGCCCUCUUUAACGAGGCAUGGCAGACCAACCUGAGAUAACUACCGGGAUCGUCGCUUCUUCGUUUCGUUUAAUUGCCCGCUCGUAAACUCGAUGGGGUUGAACCGAGGCGUAGCUGCUCGUCUCCUUGGGGUAGGUCGGUUAGGCCGUGUAGUUUCACCGCUGCGGGACGAACGUUGAGCCUCUCUAUACUUUUAGACUAGCCUAGGACCAGGUCGAAUUCUACAACUGUUGAUUUAUUAAAUAAAUAUUUAUUUCUUA